AUCUUUGAUUGGAAAAUAUGAUGGCCAAUAUCAAAUACAUAUUUUUCCACAGGAAAUUGACAGGUUUUUCUUGUUGAUCCAGAGCAGAUCCAGAUUUUGCCUUCAGUUGUCACCUGCAAAUGUGAGCGCGAUGUCUAGCGGGUCGCCCCAGACUAGCCCCAUGCCGCCCCCGCAGGCCCCCAGCCCUAUGGGUCCCCCCGUGCAGAAUCCGGGUCCGCACGGCUCCUACCAGCACCCGCCCCAUCAACAUAUGGGGCCCCAGUACGGAAUGCCGCCCCCAUCCCACCACCAGAGCCCGCAGCCUCAUCAUAUGGGAGGGUUGGGACCGCCUCCAGUCGCUCCGCCCCCAAUUUCACAGCCUCAUGGAAGCAUGGGCGUCCCGCAUGGGCAGCUACAGAACCACCAUCAACAGAUGGCGCAUCACAUGGGACCGCCCCAAGGCCAGCAGUACCCGCAAAGUGGGGGUCAUUCUCAUCAUCGCGAGAGCUCGCCCUCGCCUGGACCGCCUGGGCAACACCCGCCGCCUCCAAGCCACCCCAUGGGCGGCCACAUGCCGCCCAUCCAAGGCCAGGGGCGCUCCUCGCCUCAAGGGCAGCAUCUCAUGCCGCCCCAAGGCCAAGGUCAGCUACAUCCGCCUCCUCACUUGUCGCCUCAAGGUCACAUGCCACCGGGCCCCCCUUCGCAAGGUCAUCCAUCGCCUACUCAUCAGCCUUCUUCAGGUUCCGUCCAGGGGCUGCAACAAGGACAGGAUAAUCUGCGAGCCUUGCAAUCAGCCAUCGACUCAAUGGACGAGAAAGGGAUGCAAGAGGAUCCAAGAUACUCACAACUGUUGGCGUUGCGAGCGCGCGCCAAUGGGACGCCCGCCCUGUCCCAGAUCCAGAUGACCCAGCUAAGGAACCAGAUAAUGGCCUACCGAUACCUGGCCAGGAACCAGCCAGUGCCGCAACAGAUUCUGAUGGCCAUCCAGGGCAAGCGGCCGGAUGGGUCCCCUUUGCAGGCCUCCACUCCGCCUCCUGGCGGACAGGAUUGCCCAAGGGAUCCUUUGGAGGCGCCGGAACUCUCACCGUCCAUUACCAUGCCGCCCCAAGCGCAACCCAUGAGACCGCCUAUGCAGCCUCAUCCCCAUCCGGGGGGUUACCAGCAACCUCCACCCUCACAGCUAUACAAGCAGCAGCCGCAGCAGCAACCCAGACCAGUGGGAGGCAUCCAGCACCUGAAACAGGCGAGAACCACCACCGUGCCCAAGCCAGUAGGCCUGGACCCGAUCAUGCUCCUGCAGGAACGGGAGAAUCGGGUGGCGGCUCGCAUAGCAGCUCGCAUGGAACAGCUGGCCAACCUGCCCUCGGACAUGACGGAAGAGCUGAGACUGCAGGCUCAAAUCGAGCUCAGAGCGCUCAGAUGCCUGAAUUUCCAGCGUCAGCUGCGGACCGAAAUAAUCGCCUGUACGCGACGCGACACCACGCUGGAAACGGCCGUGAACAUGAAGGCUUACAAGCGAACCAAGCGCCAAGGCUUGCGCGAAGCGCGAGCCACGGAAAAGCUGGAAAAGCAGCAAAAACUGGAGGCGGAGCGCAAGCGCCGCCAAAAGCACCAGGAGUUUCUCAACUCCAUCCUACAACAUGGGAAGGACUUCAAGGACUUCCAUCGCAACAGUCUGGGAAGAGUUGGCAAGCUCAACAAGGCCAUCUUGAACUACCACGCCAAUGCCGAAAGGGAGCAGAAGAAGGAGCAGGAGAGGAUCGAGAAGGAGCGCAUGAGGAGACUAAUGGCGGAAGAUGAAGAAGGCUACCGCAAGCUGAUCGACCAGAAGAAGGACAAGCGGCUGGCUUUUCUGCUGUCGCAGACCGACGAGUACAUCGCCAGCCUGACCGAGAUGGUGAAGCAGCACAAGAUCGAGCAGCGCAAGAAGCAGCACGAGGAAGAACGACGCAAAAAGAGGAAAAGAAAACGACUGGCCGCCGAAGGCGUGCUGAUUGGCGACGACGAGGGCAGUCAGGACUCAGACAAACCAAUCACAGUGGUGGAGGUGAGCAGCGGCAAGAAACUAGGCGGAGACGAAGCGCCGUUGCUGAGUCAACUGCAGGCCUGGCUGCAGCAGAACCCCGGCUGGGAAAUCGCAGACACUGACGACGAAGACGACGACGACUAUCCAGCAGGUCAGGAGCCGAAGUCCGAGGAGGACAAAGCAAAGGCGCUGAUCAAAAAGGCCAAAGUGGAGGACGAUGAGUAUCACAAGCGGAUCGGCGAAGAGCAGAGCUACUACGGCAUUGCGCACACUGUGCACGAGAUGGUCACUGAACAAGCCUCCAUCAUGAUCAACGGCCAGCUGAAGGAGUACCAGAUCAAAGGUCUGGAGUGGCUGGUUUCUUUGUACAACAACAACCUGAACGGGAUUCUGGCCGAUGAGAUGGGCCUGGGCAAAACCAUCCAGACCAUCGGGCUCAUCACUUAUUUGAUGGAAAAGAAAAAGGUUAAUGGGCCUUUUUUGAUCAUCGUUCCUCUUUCUACUUUGUCCAAUUGGGUGUUGGAGUUCGAAAAAUGGGCUCCUUCCGUUAUAGUGGUGUCCUACAAAGGUUCUCCGGCCGGCCGGAGGCAGAUCCAGAGCCAAAUGCGCUCCACUAAGUUCAACGUGCUGCUCACCACCUACGAGUAUGUGAUUAAGGAUAAAGGAGUUUUAGCCAAGCUGCAAUGGAAAUACAUGAUAAUCGACGAGGGGCAUCGAAUGAAAAAUCACCACUGCAAGCUGACGCAAGUGCUUAACACCCACUACAUGGCGCCUCAUCGGCUUCUGCUCACUGGAACUCCUCUGCAGAACAAAUUGCCUGAGUUGUGGGCGCUGUUAAACUUCCUGCUGCCGUCGAUCUUCAAAAGCUGCAGUACUUUCGAGCAGUGGUUCAAUGCCCCGUUUGCCACCACUGGGGAAAAGGUUGAGUUGAACGAAGAAGAGACGAUCUUGAUCAUCAGGCGCCUACACAAGGUGUUAAGACCCUUCCUGCUCAGGCGACUCAAGAAGGAGGUGGAGUCGCAGCUGCCCGACAAAGUCGAAUAUAUCAUCAAGUGCGACAUGUCGGGACUGCAAAGGGUUUUAUACAGGCAUAUGCAGAGCAAAGGGGUGCUGCUAACGGACGGUUCGGAGCGAGGCAACAAAGGGAAAGGAGGCGCCAAGGCCUUGAUGAACACCAUUGUGCAGUUGAGGAAGCUUUGCAAUCAUCCCUUCAUGUUCCAGCACAUUGAGGAAAAGUGGUGCGACCACAUAGGAAUUGCUGGCGGAGUGAUUUCAGGCGUCAUGUGCAGCCCGGAUAUUUAUCGGGCUUCUGGAAAGUUCGAGCUUCUGGACAGGAUUUUGCCCAAGCUCAAAACCACCAAUCAUCGGGUGCUGUUGUUCUGUCAAAUGACCCAAUUGAUGACCAUUAUGGAGGAUUAUCUGACCUACAGGGGUUUCGGCUACUUGAGACUGGAUGGUACCACCAAAGCGGAAGAUCGGGGCGAUUUGCUCAAGAAAUUCAACGCAAAAAACAGCGAGUAUUUCAUCUUCCUCCUCAGCACCCGGGCCGGAGGUCUGGGGCUCAAUUUGCAAAGCGCCGACACUGUGGUGAUUUUUGACUCCGAUUGGAACCCUCAUCAGGACCUGCAAGCUCAAGACAGAGCGCACCGCAUCGGGCAGCUGAACGAGGUGCGCGUCUUGAGGCUGAUGACCGUGAACUCUGUGGAAGAGCGAAUUCUGGCCGCGGCCCGAUACAAGCUGAACAUGGACGAGAAAGUCAUCCAGGCCGGAAUGUUCGACCAAAAAUCCACCGGAUCUGAGCGGCAGCAGUUCCUACAGACUAUUCUGCAUCAAGACGGCGACGAUGAAGAAGAAGAAAACGAAGUUCCUGAUGAUGAGACCGUGAACCAGAUGGUGGCGCGCUCUGUGGAUGAGUUUGAGCUGUUCCAGAAGAUGGACUUGGAGCGGCGACGGGAGGACGCGAAAUUGGGAGCGGCGAGGAAGCCACGCCUCAUUGUUGAAUCCGAACUUCCCGAUUGGCUGGUGAAAGAGGACGACGAGGUGGAUCCAUGGAACUACGACGACAACGACGUCAUAAUGGGCAGAGGAUCCAGGCAGAGGAAAGAGGUGGAUUACACGGACAGUCUAACGGAGAAGGAGUGGAUGAAGGCCAUCGACGAAUCAGACGACGAGGAAGAUGAGGAAGACGAUGAGCCCAAGAAGAGGAAACGGGGCAAACGACGCAAAAAGGCGGAGGAUUCAGACAGCGAUGCAGGACCGAGUAGCAGAAAGAAACUGAAAGGAAAACUCCCGGACGAGAACAAACUAAAGCGCCAAAUGAAGAAACUGAUGACUAUCGUGACUAAAUACACGGACAGUGACGGGCGGCUCUUAAGCGAGCCCUUCAUGAAGUUGCCUCCUCGCAAAGACUACCCGGACUACUACGAAGUGAUCAAAAAGCCCAUGGAUAUCAUGCGCAUAAUCACUCGCAUUGAAGAUGCCAAAUACACGGAAAUGGCCGAUCUGGAGCGCGACUUUAUGCUGCUGUGCCAAAACGCGCAAAUCUACAACGAAGAAGCCUCACUGAUCCACGAAGACAGCAUAGUGCUCCAAUCGGUCUUCACCAAUGCCAAGGCGAGAAUCGAGACUGACGGCGAAGACAAGCAGCAAGAAGCGGACGAAGAGGCGGGCAAAGCGGAUGCGGACACCGCAGUUAAAAUGAAGAUCAAACUCAAAGGGAAGAAACCCUCCAAGCGCCGCAAAGCCAUCAAGCGAUACACUUCAGAUGACGAGGACAAUGAUACCUAAAACCCGCCAAUUGCGUGUACGUAAUACUUCUAAACUGUGUUAUUGUUGUUAUUUGGGAUUGGUUUGUUUCAAAAUUGUUAGUUGUUAAGCUCACAAGUCUCAUGCUGACAAGCCACUGUUUCAACCGGUUCGUUGUUUUCGGUGCCAUGAGUGUGAUUCGUUCUAAGUCGGCGCUCAAUGUUUAUCUUGAUUUAUACGAAUUUCGACUUAGUCUUUUGCUGUGCUAGAGUAGUUCUCUUUUAAAUAAACGUUCACAGUGUCUAAUCGACGAUA